AUGGCUGAUCAGGAUCCGGAAAUCGAAUCGAGGAGAGCAUGUCUACAUCGUCGCAUGCGCCAGACAGAUUUGAAGCGCAGUGAUGGCCAGAAGCUUCUAGACGAUCUUAACGAAGAGAUGGUAGCCCUGUCUAAGCUCAUAGAGGAAGCGGAGGAUUACGUGGAUACUACGACGAGGUAG